CACGCACACACACACGCACACACACACACACCGACCGGGCGGUGUGUAUCAUUUGAAUGGUCCAACAGUGAAACGCUAACACUGAGUUGUCGCUGCGGAGUUUAACCAGUUUUUUUCCACGUUUCGGAUUUACACGCCUUCAGGUGACCUCGAGAGACUCUCCCAAAAAAAAUGAAUCGGGUCCCGUGUUAAAAGGUGAACUGAGAGGAGGGGGAAAGCAUGUCCGGCUCCGGGAAGUGUUUGAGGUUAACCAGUGUAAGUCCAAUGGCUUUCUGUGGUCCUGCCUGCAUCCGUCUGCUGCAAAGAACAUGAAGCAGGUGGAUAUUGUAAAUAAGGAAGAAUUAGAUAAAGAAAGAUUCCAAGUGGAGUACGCGUCACACAGCCCGGGCAAAGCAAAGCGAUCGUCAUCUUUCAAGAGGAAGGCUCGUCCAGCGGUGGAGGUGGGCUUGAAGCUGCGCCGCAAAACGUCCGAUGUAGGCUGUGUCCGUGACCGCGGCAUGGCCAACAAAGAAAAUGAGCUGACGUGCUCCGAAGACGUGCGGGGCAUGCACUACAAUGACAACUGCGGGCUCCCUGUGAACUCUGCAGAGGCCUCCAAGAUGGCAGGGGCCAGCUCCAAGUACGGCGAAUUCACCGAGCUGACCAAGGACCAUGAAGCUAUGACUCAAGUCCUUUUCGGAAGGAAUCUGCGACUAAAAGUGGCCCAGACACUAUGGCGAAGAAACGCUAGUGAGUUAGUGGCCUACCUUAUAAGAAUUCAAGACACAGCGGUGCUGCUUGACUGCUUACCUGUCUUAACAAACAACCUUCAAACUGAAGCACCAUGUUUGUCACUUGGUUGCUGCGUCGACCUCAUGCCCCUCGUGAAAGUGAUUCUCGCCAGUAAAUACGAAGAACACAUAACGGUGGGUUUACACUGGGUUCAGUCCGUCAUCAGGAAAUGGUGGCCAGAACUUUCUAAGAAUGAGAAAAGACUGCGGGACAGUUGUUCAGAAGACAGGAAUAUUGAAGUCAUGAAGCAGCGCUAAAGGACCUGUGGAAGGAAGGAGCGCGGUUGUGUUUGGUUCCAGGAUCUACAGGCGAACUGGCAAAGGCCGUCGAGGCUUAUCUUUCGCAGCUGCCCUGACAGUUGUCAGUGCAGCACUCUGAGGAUGUGACCACUACUGCCGGAUCAUGGCUGUGUUUUGAACUGAUAAUGAUUCCACAGAAAAUGGGCUGGUUGCCACUUAAACCUCUUACUGAGACUGAACUCGAGAAUUCACAUUCCCCUCAGUUUGAGCGUGAGACUCUUGAGGAUGGCCGAGAGAUCCUUUCUGCAAAAAAGAAGGAGGAGGAGGAAACGAACACAGCAAAUGACUGCUUCACAUUGAAGUGGACCGUCGUGUGAGGAGGGCAGAUUUACUGGACCUCCAUGAGACGAGGUGUUACGUCGCUCUAUGAAGUGCCAAGCUCUUUGUCUGUCACUACAUCACUCUCUACCAUUGAAUG